CAACGAUAGAUUGCAGACGCCGGUAACAGAACAUAGGAUGAGGUGACAGUGUGGAAGAUAAGUGAAUAAAACGGCAACAUACGACAGUAGCAUGCCAAAACGACUCUGGCCCCUAUUAUACACCGCCUGAUGAUAACCCAACGAAAACAGAAACCAUGACGAUCGCAAGAAGAACAAGGAUCCCAAGGAAUGCGAAAGCGCAGCGCCGUGCCCACUUGAGCUCCGUCGCGUGUCGCCGCCGCAAGAGCCGCACCUCACUUUUCGUGAUGAUGACCUGCUGUCCCUCCGCAUCCAACUUGACGCGUAUGGCUGGUGACCUUGACCAAAGCGUGAUAAAGACGAAUGUGCCCCAUAACCAAAGACAAGCCAGAAGGAAACCAAUCCAAAAGAAGGAUCUCAAGAUUGUGUAUGGCUCUUUCUCCUCCUCUUCUGUGUCUUCAGACCCCGAGUCGGGAGGAUAUGAUGGUGCUCUACUAGUACCGUCAUCUUGGGUGUAGGCCGGUGGUGCACUGUGAUACUCGCUGCGGCUACGGAUGCGCAGUCGCUGGCAGGUGAAGCCGUAGCCUCGGUGCUCUUCUUGUCUGGUGAAAGCACGAUCAUCUUACGUUGGCCUCUGAGGUUACGCAAGCGACUCGGAGUAGCAGGAGGCUCAAGGGAGUUGGCGACGAAGGGUGGAAGACUCAAGUGCUUGAAGAUUGCUGCAGAAGGCUGCAGAGAAGGAAGUCCAUCAAGAUGCGCAGUGUGUUCCCGCCCUAUUUUUCAUCUCUGAGU